AAGGACUCCUGGAGGCUAGAAGAUGAUCGCUGAUCGCUGACGUCUGUGGAGGUGAGAGCGCGCGUCUGGCAGGAGCGAAGUUCACGGCGCGCUCCCGCGCUGGAGAUAUCCGUGCCGUCUCCGCCUGUCCACCCUAAACGCGCUUUGUUUCGUGGGACAAACGCUAUACAAUGGAAAGGAUGUAUAGAAUCAUCUAGCUUUUGCAAACUCCGGUCAAACAGCUUUCUGACAAUCCUCCUCAUCAUUCUUCAUCUGUAACCAUGGAGACGGUGGUGAUCGUGGCCAUAGGUGUACUCGCCACCAUCUUCUUGGCAUCAUUUGUGGCGCUGGUUGUUGUGUGCCGUCAUCGUUACUGCCACCCUCCAGACUUCCUGCACCAGUUUGAUUCCAAACCUACAGUGGAUCUGAUCGGAGCGAUGGAGACUCAGAGUGAACCGUCAGAGCUGGAGCUGGAUGAUGUUGUCAUCACCAAUCCACACAUUGAGGCCAUGCUGGAGAACGAAGACUGGAUCGAAGAUGCCUCUGGUCUUGUGUCUCACUGCAUUGCGAUUCUGAAGAUAUGCCACACUCUCACUGAAAAGCUUGUUGCGAUGACAAUGGGCUCUGGAGCAAAGGUCAAAGCACCUGCCAGCCUCAGUGACAUCAUCACCGUGGCCAAACGCAUCAGCCCACGGGUGGAUGAUGUGGUUCGAUCUAUGUACCCUCCACUGGACCCCAUUCUUCUGGAUGCCAGGGCCACAGCAUUACUAUUGUCGGUCAGUCACUUGGUACUGGUGACACGAAAUGCCUGUCACAUGUCUGGCAGCCUGGACUGGAUCGACCAAUCACUGCAUGCGGCCGAGGAUCACAUGGUCGUGUUGAGAGAGGCGGCUUUAGCAUCUGAACCAGAGAGAGGUUUGCCAGAGAGAGAGCAGUCAAUCUGAGUCACCCCCAGAUUUACUGUAUGUACAGUACACACAUUAUUCAAGAACAUGUGCAUGAAUGCACCUGUAAAGAAUAUGAUAUUUAGUGGACAAUACCUCAGCACAUCCAUGAUAUGACAGAGAAAGGCAUCUUAGCUUAGCCGUACUUUCAAACUCACUCUUUCGCUGUAUCUCAUUUUUAUCUCUGUUACAUUCAAGUUUAAUCGCUGUACAUACUGUCUGAUAUUUCCCCAUGAUGGAUUUAUAUGUAGAUGCUAGUGCCAAAAAUGUCUGAGACAAUCAAAAAGAAGAAUGUAUAAACCAAGUCCAAAAAUUCUAAUUGGUAUUGCUAAGUGUGUUAGCUAAACAGUUCAAUAGUUAAUCUGUGAUCAUAUUGUCUGAUAUUUCCUCAUGAUGGAUUUAUAUGUAGAUACUAAAGCCAAAAAGAUUAGCUAAAUAGUGUAUAAACCAAACAAGGUCUGUAUUUUCUUCCUUGUCUCUUAUAUUUGAGACUCUACAUAGUGUAUUGUUUUAAUAAAAUACAAUUUUUCAUACAUUAUUGACAUUUUAAUUAUUAGCGUUAAGAUUAAUAUUAAAUUUUAAGAACUUUUUGCUUUUAUUUCUCUCCCUAAAAAUACACAAAAAAUUAAGAUGCAGAAGUUAUGAGCUAUUUCCUUUUUUCCAGUUCAGUCUUCUUUACAGAUCAGUUUGUAUUUAGUGAAGUCCCAGAUUGAUAUGUCACUAUCGUACAAUCAUGUUACGUUGAUAAAGCACUUUCAUAUUAGUAUUUUUCUCUUAUUUUUUCACUCUCAUGAUGUGUACGCUAAUGUUCAAAGGUUUGGGGUCAGUUAUAUUUUUUUUAAUUUUUUAACAAAGUCUCCUGUGCUCACCAAGGCUGCAUUUAUUUGAUCAAAACCACUGUAAAAGCAGUAAUUAUGUGAAAUGUUACAAUUUAUUUAAGGGUUUAAAUAACCAUUUAAAAUGCAACUUUUUAAAGAUUCCUUAUUGACUGAAAAGUUCAACAGUAUUUAUUUGAAAUAGAAAUCUUUUGUAACAUUAUAAAUGUAUUUUUACUGUCACUUUUAAUCCAGUUAAUGCAUCCCGAAUAAACAUUGACUUCUUAAAUAAAAAUCGUACUAACCCUAAACUUUUAAAAAUGGUUAACUAGCUGGUUGUGAACAGUUUGCAGCAAGUAAAUCUCACUCGCAUUCUUUUGUCCAUCUCCUAUCUAGACAUGGCCUGUAAUUUUUCACCAGAGUCACAUGAAGUCUAAAUCCACACUAAUUCCUUCCCUCAACCCCCCUCCACACUUCACACUUUCAGCAGCCACACACACACACACAUCCAGGACUCUGUAUCAAUGCUAAGAAUAUAUUGCAGCGUUGUUGAUUAUGAGUGUUUCCUCUUUUUGUUUCCUCUUGGAGCAAUCUUGUUACUGACAUUCCUUGUUUGUUCCUCUAUUUGUUCUUUGAUUCUUGUACUGUUUAUGAAUUUGAGAUUUUUAAAGGUGAAUAAAAGUUUCACGGUGAAAA